AUGGCCCGAGAGGAUCGAGUUCGACGACGAAGCCGGACGCCGUCCUCGCACAGGAAGAGGCGACAGUCACGCUCUCGCUCUAGGAGCGACUCGGCCCCCUCGAGCUUCUCCUCCUCAUCACGGAGUAGGUCGCAAGAUAGACGCAGUAGGAAGGAACACCGACGGUCGAGGAAGGAUAAGAAAAGGGAACGAAGACGCCGGUCUCUCUCGUCCUCGAGUAGCGACUCUUCUCCAAAAAAGAGGCAUCAUAAAAAGAAAAAACAUCAUCACAAAAAAGAUAAGAAAAGUGCUCCAUUGGGCGCUGUGACCGAGCAGUAUGGGAAAUACGGUAUCAUCAGAAAUGAAGACCAGUACAAGAAGCGGGCCGAAUUUCUAACAUGGUUGGUAGAAGUGAAAGGAGUCGACAUCGAAGCUCUCUCACAUGUUGAGGAAAGGAAGCUCUUCGAAGACUUCGUAGAGGACUUCAAUACGGCGACCAUGCCCAGCAAGAAGUACUAUGACAUCGCGGCUUGGGAGGCCCGACAGGCCGCGAAGAAAUCCAAGCACAGCAAGCGCGACAAUAUCACUUUUGAUGAUGAGCGCAGCAGAGCGCGCGAGAUUCAAUCAAUGAGGGAAGCCCGGACCGAGGAGGUUACACGCCAAACCUUCGACGUUAUGAAGAAGGACCGAGAUCUGGUGCGUGCGAUGAAGGAGCAAGAGGAUGCUCGUAAUGCCGUUAAAUAUCUGCACAAGGCGGGCCACCACGAUGCAGCUGAAAAAAUUGCUGAUAAAUUGCGACCUGGUGAACCAGAAGAAGAAGAUCUUGAGUAA